ACUAUUCAGGAAAUAAGUAGACUUUUCAAACAGGAUGGCAUUAAAGCGUUCGUCUUCCAUGAAGACGCAGCUGGUCGAUGCCAUCCAGCUUCAGGAAGUGGAGCUGGAGGAGGAGAUCAACACCAAUAGCUGUAAUAACUCUCCUGCUGAAGCUGCGGAGGCCAAAGCCCAGGCAGAACCAAAAUGCUACACCGUGGAGGAUGCUGUGGAGAGCAUCGGCUUCGGACGCUUCCAUAUAUUGCUUUUUGUCAUCAUGGGCAGUGCCAAUAUAGUGGAGGCGAUGGAGAUCAUGUUGUUGGCUGUGGUUUCUCCUGAGAUCCGAUGCGAAUGGCGUCUAGAGGAUUGGCAGGUGGCCCUCGUCUCCACGAUGGUGUUCCUCGGUUUCAUGGUCUUUGGGGUCCUCUGUGGCUAUGUUGCUGACAAAUAUGGACGUUGGAAGGUGGUGUUUGGAGGCUUUAUAUGGGCAGCAUAUUUUUCUCUGCUCACUUCAUUCUCUCCAUCGUAUGGCUGGUUCAUCUUCCUACGCUGUAUGGUGGGCUGCGGCGUCGCGGCUACAUCUCAGGGGUUUGUCUUGAAGACUGAAUUCAUCCCGGCCAAAUACAGAGCGUAUCUGCUGCCUCUUGCCUCAAUCUUCUGGAUGCUGGGAUCUAUGCUUAUUAUUAUUCUCGGCAUGACAGUGGUGCCCACAAUGGGUUGGCGCUGGAUGAUCCGUUUUUCUAUCAUCCCCAGCAUCAUUCUCAUUGGACUCUUCAUGUUUAUUCCUGAGUCUGCACGGUUCCAGGUUUCAGCAGGGAACAUAAAAGGAGCUAUGUCUACACUUACCUGGAUCGCAAAGAUGAAUGGCGCCACCUUACCUGAAGGAGAACUACGGGAACCUGAAGUGACAGAAAGAGGAAAUGCUGUCACUCUGAUCAGCCCUGCUUUUAGAAGAACAUCACUUUUGCUGUGGUACUCAUGGUUUGUGGCCUCCUUCUCCUAUUAUGGCUCGGUUCUGAGCAGUUCUGAGUUAUUGGAGAAGAAUCUUCUGUGCAUGACGGACGCUGAUCCAGAGCACCAGAUCAAACACAACCAGGAGGAGGCGCUGUGUUACUGCAUCCCAUUCAACAUGGCUGAUUACCAGACUCUCCUCAUCAGCUGUCUAGGCGAGGUGGCACUCAUACCCCUCAAUAUUUUCUUGUUAAAUAUAUUUGGGCGGAAGCCCAGUAUGGCCAUACUUCAGGUGAUGUCGGCCGUUUUCUUCAUGCUUGUUAAUAUUUGCACAACAAGGCUUGGUUUCACUGUACUGCUCUUCCUUCUCCGCUCUGUGGUUUCCAUGAAUUUUAAUGUGGUCUACAUUUACACAGCAGAGGUUUAUCCCACGGCUGUGCGCUCAAUUGGAAUGGGCUUUUGCACAUCCUUCAGUCGAGUUGGAGGAAUGAUCGCACCUUUUAUUGCACAGGUGUUAAUGUCUAGGUCUGUAAUUCUGGCCCUGUCACCGUUUGCCACAGCGUGUGUGAUUUGUGCGUUAGGAGUGGCAUUUUUGCCCAUUGAGACCAGAGGACGUGCAUUACUGCAAGAUGCCUGAAAUACACCUGAUGGAAAUGAAGGACAAUUGCACUUUUGUAACAUAACAU